CAGAAACACACUUGUCCUUUUAGCCCUAGAAAUAUGUCUUCUUUACUAGAGACGUGAAUACAACGCCUGAGAACAGUUAUGUGGUGAGGUGACCCGGAAACGGCGUGCUGUGGCGUCCAGAGUUGCCAUAGAGGAGCAGUGCGGGAGGGGUGACGGAUGACUACUCAACGCGUUUCAUGGCCUCUUGCUAAUCGUCAGGCAUUGGAUGCAUGGAUGAACUAAAUAUUAAUAAAUAGAUAGUGCCUUCCUUCAUUAAUGGGAUCAUGUCCACAUUGCGCUGGACUCGCUCUCUUCAGCUCACUUUAGCUGUCAUUAAACCUGAUGCUGUGGCCCAUCCAGUUAUAUGUGAAGCUGUACAUCAGAAGAUUCUGAAUAACAAUUUCCUCAUUGUAAGAAGUAAGGAACUUAAUUGGCGGAUUAAUGAUUCACAGAAUUUCUACCAUGAACACGCAGGGCGAUUCUUUUAUCAACGAUUGGUGGAAUUCAUGUCCAGUGGCCCCAUGCGGGCAUAUAUCCUAGCACAUGAUGAUGCUGUCCAGUUGUGGAGGAGGCUUAUGGGUCCAACAAAGGUCUUUAGAGCAAGACUUGAUGCUCCAGAAACUGUCCGGGGAGAAUUGGGACUUACUGACACUCGUAACACCACUCAUGGAUCAGAUUCUGUAGACUCUGCCCGCCGUGAAAUCUCCUUUUUCUUCCCUGACUUUAAUGUUAAUCGUUGGUAUGAAGAAGAAGAGCCUCUUUACAGAGCGGGGCCAUUAUGCUAUGACGAGGAGAAAUUUGAACAUCGGCUUGUGCAACAUUGAGAGAAACGCAAUGAUUUGCACUGUGGAAUGGAUUAUAGACAAUACUUCAACAAUGUCCUUAUGCUUGGGAUGUAUUUCAAUUUAAAAUCUCAUAAAAAAUC